AUGUUUUUGCCGGCACGUUGGUGCCUGAUGAGUCUGCUCUUUGGCCUGGCCACAUGCCAGCGGAGCAGGCCACGACCGGAUCGAACUCAAGGGCGCACUUUGGGCCUAUUUGCACCGUUGCUAUUUGGCAAUGGUGGUUCAUUAUAUGAUGUGCCAGUUGGUAGCCAGAGUGGCGGUGCUGCUGCUGCUGCUGGCAGUGGUACUCAGUCGGAUCCGUACUAUGGAGGAGGAGGAGGAGGAGUAGGCGGUGGCUACAACAACUACUAUGGUUAUCGGCCAAACUACGGCUACGGCUUUGGCUAUUCCGGCUUCGGUCUGGGCUUCCCAGGCCUGGCUCAGAGCUUUUUUGGCUAUCCUGGCUAUGGGUAUUAUAGACCCAGCUAUAACUACAACAACUACGGCGGCUAUCAGCGACCCGUGCAGUAUCCCAGACCUAGUUAUAAUAAUUAUGGCAAUUAUGCCAGCACCGCAGCUGCAAGUCCUGCUUCCAGUGCUGGCCCUUCACCUGGCAUUCCUGGAGCUGGAGCUGGAGCUGGAGCUGGAGCUGGAUCACAGUUGAACAUGGCACAGGCGGCACAACUGGCGGGACUCUUGGGUCAAGCGUUGGGCAGCAGUUUGCGUCCAUUGCUAGCCAAUGGCGGUGGCGGUGCGACAGGUGGUGCAUCAGCUGGUGCUGCCGGUGCCAAUCCGCAAGCUCUGAGUAGUCUCUUGGGCUUGUUGGGCUAA